AUGCAAAUCAGAAGUGUUGUGUACUUGGCAACCUUAGUGCCUCAACAAUCGGAAAUAAACGACCAACUUGAAAUAACAGAUAUAGUGACUACCUCUCCAAAUGAAAACAAGAAUGCUAUUAAUAAUAGCGUAAUAAUAAUAGCAAAAGCUGAACCAAAUGAAAACAAAAUAUACCAACCAACCACCCAAAACACUGAAGGAAGCUUUUCUGUCAAGGCGUACAAAUUUUUUGCUGAACCAAUAAUCACCGUUAUAAGAACACCAAAAGUGAAUUUAGUACUAAGAAACAUUGGAACAUGUAUUGUCAACGGAGCUAUGGAACUAUUUUCCUAUUACUUGCCUCCGACGUUUAUGCCUUUAGUAGCAUCUGCGGCAGGAUUCAUGAUACCAUUUGAACCAGUAGUAAUGCUGAAGGAAAGGAUGCCCGUGAAUACAUAUAGAAGAGCUUUUAAGACAGCUAUGAAGACUUUUCUUGAUUCCUUCAGUCAAUUUAAAUAUGAUGACGAAAUAGAUCCAUAUAUGACAAGAAGAUUUAAUAGGCGGUUUAUGGAUGACGAUACUAAGAAGCCACGGAGAGAAUAA